UAUAUGACCAAAGACUGGGAAAAAUGAAAAUGAUUCGUUUCUCUAUCCCCGUGUUAUUAAUUUUAUGUUGCUGGAUUGUUUGUUUCUCUUUCGGUACUGUUGAUGCUCAACUCAACAAAGACAAGCCAGUAGAAAAGCCAGUAGGUAAGAGAGCAGGUAAGCCGGACAAACCAGUCAAUCUGUUUAAGCCCGACAGAACAGGCAAGAAAGCCCAGCCAGACGAUGUUCAGGCUAAAAUAGGAGAACUUGAAAAUCUGGUAAAGAAACUGAAGAAUCAACUCGACAACAGUAAUGCAAGACAACAAGAUUUGUUGAAGAACGUAGCAGAACUGGAGACCAAAGUGAAAAGAAUCGAAAAGGUUAUACCUUCCAUAUUGGAUCAUAUCGCGCGUAAAAUACCAGAUAUUCCCAUGGGUGAGAUCCGCAGAACGUGCGCAGAAAUCCGUGCAAUGGAUGUUUCGAUUCCAUCCGGAAUGCAAUGGAUCGAUCCGGACGGAAAAGGCGUCGGCGAAACUCCAAUUUACGUGUACUGCGACAUGACAACAGGAUCGACCACAAUUAAACACGAUAGUCACGCUCCUAUAAACGUGGGUCACUGCGCAGGGGCCGGAUGUUAUUCGCGCCCCAUCAAAUAUGAAGCGUCCAUGGCACAAAUAAAAGCUUUGACCGAUUUGUCUAGUGAAUGCCGUCAGUCGAUCAUAUACGAUUGCUUUAACGCGCCGCACAAAUUCCAAAAUACCAUGUUAUCCUGGUGGAACGACAGAAAUGGGAAUUCACAAUAUUUCUGGGCCGGAAACAACGCAUAUGGAAUUCCCACCUGUCAGUGUGGAAUUGAUGGGAAUUGUGCUGUUUCUUCAGUCAUGUGCAACUGUGACAGUCUUGGACAACAGCAGUUAUCCGACAAAGGUGUUAUCACUAGCAAAAAUAUUUUACCAAUCACUCGCCUUAAUUUUGGUGGAACUCCAUCGCCAUCUUCCUCCGGUAUCCACACACUGGGCAAUUUGACAUGCUCCGGAUAUUCCAGACAGCAAGAACCCUCGACAAAACCUGCAGAAAUCGCUACUCCAAUGCCAAAGUCAUGUGGUGAUCUAAAGAAAAUGGGUUACACCCUGAGCGGUUUCUUUUCCAUCAAAGGACAUAAAAUGAUGGCAUCCGUUUAUUGUGAUUUCUCCAAACUCCCUACAGAUGCCGGUUUCCAGAAAUGGAUUGGAUACAUUGACGUCAAAUCGGCGCCAACGUACUUUUACGUUCAGCGAAACAAAAAAUUCGACAAAGCCAAUACUCCAAUUACGUUCCAUUCUGCGAUCGCAAACGCUGGAAAUGCCAUGAAUCUGCUAACAGGAAAAUUCAAGGCACUCGUCAAGGGAACCUAUUUCUUCUCCUUUUCCGGACUUGCGUUUUCUCCUGGAUGCUCUAAUGCUUGUUCAUCUUUGAUGUAUCAAGCGAAAAAUGAUUUCGGUGUACAAGUCUCUCUUUUACUGAAUGGUGAACGAAUCGGGUUCGGUUCCGUUCAAGAUUCGAACGCCGUCGCCAAUCAAUGGAGUCCUGUGACCUUCCAGUCGACCCUGAUCUUACAAAAAGGCGAUACUGUUUGGGUACAAAUUUCUUACCUAUCGUCAGGAGCGUAUUUGCACGAUGACAAUUUCCACCACACCCAUUUCACUGGUUUCAUGUUGGAACAGGAAAUUCUCGACUCCCUUUGAACUGUAGAAGAAUUUGUGUCGUAGAGAAAAUGGUAUUAAUUCUAAUACAAAGGUCAAAUGAAAGUU